CUCGUUUCGUUUCCGAGACUCAAUCCUCUCCUUGGCCCCCCCCCAAAGUCGCAUCGCCCCAGUUCCUCUGCAUCACCCGCCCGUGCGCCCUGGAUCCUGAUUCAUCGUACUCAGCGCCGUCCUCCCAAAAGGCGCCCCGGCCUGAGCUCCCCCAGCUGCAAGGUUAGACACAAGGCGCCCGCCAUCACUCGGAACCUGGCCGCGCACACUGGCCGCACCCUGGCCGCACCCAUCCCAUCGGCAUGUUGGCGACGGACCUCCACCCGGACCUCGUUCAACGCCGGGCCACGGAAGCUGACCGAGUGAGAGCUUGAACGAGGGCGCCGACCGACUGGCCGCCUAUCCUCCGCCAUCCACGUCGUCCACGCCCGCCACGGACAAUUCCCGUUUUUCCUAUUUACCCAGCCAGCACCCGACCGGCAACUCUCUCCCUCGACUUUGUUCAACCUCGACGCAUCCAUCCGUCUCCGCCCUUUAUCAGCCUACUUGCGGCUUUGCUGUCGCGGCCCGCACUUCGACGUCUUGGCGGGAAACGCCAUAUCGGACCCGCGUGGCCGAGCCGCCACUGUAGCACCUACGAACAAAGAGCAGAGAGGGAAUGGGCAGCACGCAUCACUCACUUCGUACCUACCUACUCACACCACAGUCCGCCUGUCCUGUCCUGUCUUGAUUGUCCCACGGAAACACGGCCUUAAAGACGAUCCCGCCCACACACUCCGCCCAUCCCAAUGUCGCGGACAGUUCUCCGGCAGGCCCUUUGUCCGUCAAGUCUUUUUCGAUUCCUGCUCUUUCCCCCUUUUACCUGAGCCGCAAGCCCGGUAGAGCAAAUGCUUUAGAGCUCGCUGCUCUUCUCCCGCAACGUGCAGGAUGAAAGAUGAUGCCGCUGGCCCGGAGGCCUCGGCCGGCGAUGGACAGCCUGCCUUCGAAGCUCUCGCCCAUGCGUCGACGCAUCCGACCAUGUCCGAGAUGGACACUCUUGGUCGCAAGUCAACCGAUCUCAACCCGGCCGACACCGUGACGGCGUCCGGGCCCGUUGAUGGUGCCGGUGUCUUGGAAGACGUCGAACCGGCCACCCGUGUAUGCAGCGGCACGCCAUACAGCGCCUUUACACGGAGAACCAAGGUCUGGAUCACCAUCAUGGUCACCAUUUCCAGCGUCAUAUCGCCCAUGACGGCAAAUGUCUACUAUCCUGCCCUCAACGCCGUCGCAAGCGAUCUGGGCGUCUCCAUCUCUCUCAUCAACUUGACCUUGACGACCUACAUGAUUUUCCAAGGCCUUUCGCCCACCAUCUUCGGUGAUUUUGGCGACAUGGCUGGCCGUCGCCCGGCCUUCAUCGUGGCCUUCUCCAUCUACCUAUGCGCAAAUAUUGGCCUUGCGCUACAGCGUAAUUACGCCGCACUCAUGGUGCUCCGGUGUCUGCAGUCCGCCGGCAGCAGCGGCACCCUUGCCCUAGGCUUCGCCGUCAUGGCCGACAUAUCGCCAACCGAGGAGCGGGGCAGAUACAUGGGCUUCGUCAAUGCCGGCAUCAACUUUGGACCUACCAUUGGGCCUGUUCUUGGCGGCAUCUUGAUUCAGUUCCUGGGGUGGCGCUCAGUCUUCUGGUUCUGCGCCAUCUUUGUGGUCGUCUGGUUGAUACCCUGGAUCCUCGCCGUGCCGGAGACCUGCCGCGCCGUGGUCGGUAAUGGCUCCAUCCCCCCGCCGAAAUGGAACAUGACCUUGGUCGACUUCAUUCGAUGGCGCGGAGUCCACCAACGGCCGGCAUCGGCACACAAGGUCAAAAUUCGAACGCCCAACCCCCUGCGCACACUGUAUAUCGUCCUCAGGAAAGAGGAGGGCCUUAUACUUUUCGUGUCGGCUAUCAUAUACGUCAACUUUAUCCUCGUGUCGGCCACGUUGUCGACGCUGUUCAAGGAGAUUUAUGAAUUUGACGAAUUGGAGGUCGGCCUAUGCUACCUGCCGUACGGUAUCGGCUGCUGCCUGUCCAGCCUCGUCACGGGCUACAUCGUCGACUGGAACUAUCGGCGUGUCGCGAAGAAGCUCGGGUUGCCCGUGCGCCGCAGGAAGGGGGAUGACCUGAGCAAGUUCCCAAUCGAGCACGCUCGCAUUCAGAUCGUGUAUCCGGCAUUGACGGUCGGCGCUGCAUGUCUCAUUGGCUGGGGCUGGGCACUGGAGGCCGAAAUAAGCGUUGCGGCCCCACUAGUCCUGUCCUUCUUCAUCGGUUGCCUGGUGCCGCCUUCGUUCAGCGUCCUCAACACAUUGAUUGUUGACCUGAACCCAGAAGCCCCGGCGACCGCGGCGGCAGCAAACAAUCUCGUGCGCUGUUCUUUCGGCGCGGUGGCCACGGCCGUGAUCGACUAUAUUCUCGGCGCUAUGGGCCGCGGGUGGUGCUUCACAUUCCUGGCCCUCGUUAUGGUUCUGUGCUUCGCCGGCCUGAGAGUGCUUGAGAAGUGCGGACCUCGCUGGAGGGUGCAGGGAGCGAAGAAGAAAGGCCAGGAGGAGACUCAGGAGAAGUAAGUCAACUAGACAUUACAUACGACUGCAUCUUAAAGUAUGGCAGCGGCAUUAGCGAAUAUGAAUCCAGCCUUUUUUUGGUCUGAUUUUGCUCUAUUGGCAGUUUCUUGUACAUUAGUCAAACGAGGUCCUAUAGAGCCGUAACAGCAGACUCUAGAGAGUUUCUUUGUGCCUCCCACAUCAACC